GCGCAUCUUAAAAAAAAUCGGGAAGUGCCAACAAACUGGCAAAGGGGAACAAAGAAACGGGGAAGCGACCAGCCGGAAAAAAAAAAAAAAAACACCCAUCCAACAAUAAUAAUCCAACCAAAAAUAAUCCCACCAAAAAUAAUUCAUUCAACGCAUUGAACAAUCGCACUGAACGCACGCGAAGCAACCCAAGAGUUGUGCUCAAGGACCUCCCGUUCGUUGCUCCAUUUUUCCACUUCCCUAAGCGCAAUCGCAGCGCAGGCGAGCAGUUAUCAUACCCCCCGCGCGGACGACGAACUGUUUGAACCACCAAUUGAUUUAACCACCUCAGAGGAAAGGCCCCCUCCCCAAGGGAACCAGCAGAAGAAGCACAUUACUUUUGCGCCCACUUUGGCAAAAUGAGUAACGUUAAAGCGUUUCAGUUGAGGCCCCUCAAGAAGCAGGAGCUGCUAGAUAAGCUGGAGGAUUACAAGAAGGAGCUGAGCGGCCUGCGCAUCAGCAAAGCCAUAGGGAACUCCGCGAAGAACUCCAAAAUAUGUAGCGUUCGAAAGAAUAUCGCUCGUGUCCUGACGGUCUAUAACCAGAGAAGAAAAAUGGAGUUGAGGAAAAAAUACAAAAAUAAAAAAUUCAAGCCGUACAAUUUGAGAAAAAAAUUGACCAAAGCGAAGAGACUGGAGUUAACCCCCAAGCAGAAGGUCGCCAUGACGUUAAAAAUGAAAAAGAAAGUGGAGAACUUCCCGAAGAGAAAAUACCUCCUAGUCCAUAAAGCAUAAACGGAAGUGCCUCACGAACGGCCCCCUUUUUAACAACAAAACGUUAUUUUUCCUCCUUCCAUUGUUGUAACCUUUUUAUAUGACCCUUCUUCGCUGUCAUCCAUGCGGUGUAUUUUUUUUUUUUUUUUUCCCACUUUGGAACGUUAACGAGUGAAAAAGAACUUUAGCUAAACCGAUUGGAGAAGUGACGAACGCAUCGUUUAACUGCUCACAUAGUGAAAGUCACUUCAGUGAGUGGUUAAUUUUUUUCCGGUG